AUGUUGAAGCAUGCUCAGCGGCCGCCGGCGGCGAACGAUGCCGACCACCGCUACCAAAACAUGCCGCGGCGGCCGCACCACCACAUACCCCUUAAUGUAUCCACCCUGGACUCCUCAAAACAUUCGGUCGGGGGCACAUCCGCCAGCGUGAGUCCUGGCGCUCAGCCGAAUGCCAAUUCUUUACCUGUAGCUCCUAUUCCAGUGGCUUCACCGCCUAAAUUGGCAAACGGGAACGCUGGUCCUCCAGCCAGACAACCUUCGAGGAAUAGAAGCAACAGAGCGGCCACCGAGGAGGCGCUGACGUCCCUCGCAUUGCUGUGCCUCGUCAGCUUGCUCCUUGCGUUGCUGGCAUUGCUUUUCCUCUUGAAAAUCUCUGCGCCAGCGACGUCGGCGCCGGAGGAGUUCGCCGUUGUGUAUGAAGUGACAUUAGCCCUAUGUGCCCUAACGUUGUCGUUGAACCUAUGCUGUCUGUUAGUGUGUGCUAUACAGUUCCUGUUUGCGGUGAAGCUGGUGCAUUCGCCGUCUGCGCCGAACGGCCGGACCAACAAGUACUUACAGAAGUCAGCUAUCACUAGAGUCUGUGCCGUUGGAGGCUUCUUUAUUUCAAUACCCGUCUUUUUAACUGGUAUUAUUCUUUAUACCUUCAUUCAGUUCCACUCAACACCAGCCAUCGUCACAUCUGUAUUUAUUGGCGUCGGCAUAAUCUUCUGCGGUUGUGCCAUGGUUCACAAUGUUUUCGUCUGGCAGAAGGAAAAGACGAAUCUAGUGAAGGCCUUCAGAACGCAAGAAGUCAUGAAUACGUCAAACGGCGUGAUCAUGAAUGGCCACUUGAAUAAUACCGGAGCUGGUAAUGUCAGUUUUCACAGCAUGACUGCGCCGUACACGCACCCGAUUACGCUGUUACAACAGGGAGGACCUUAUAUUAUUAGGCCACCAACUAGUACGCCACCGGGAGAGGGCGCUGCAACUCCAGGUGUUCCAGCUGCUACCAUUGACCUGAGUCACGACACGCAUGAGCUGAGCACGCUAGUUUGA